AAAAAUAAUGUCUCAUAACCGUUACAUAAUUAUUCAAGGGUCGCCUUUUCGAAUAUUCAAAUUAGAAGCGAGUAAAAGCAUAAAUACAAACAACAAACAGUAUCAUCCAAUCCGUCUCUCCUCUCUCCCACUGGGCGUUUACAAAAUUCAAAAUCCAUUUCGUCUCAUUCCCUCUCAAGAAAAUCGAAGAACCUGAACUGAGUCUUUUCGAAAAUGGCGGGCAGGGAAGAAGAAACCCAAGAUCGAAACGAGUUGAAAGUCCCAGUCUUCACCGUCCUCAAGAACGGUGCAAUUCUCAAGAACAUCUUCAUUGUCAACAAUGUUGCAGAUCGAGAGAAAGAGGAGGUAAUAACCCUCGGACGACACCCGGAUUGCAACAUAAUGCUCACACAUCCAAGCAUUAGCAGAUUCCAUCUCCAAAUCCAUUCAAACCCCUCUUCCCAGAAGAUUUAUGUUGUGGAUUUAUCGUCAGUGCACGGAACAUGGGUUUCGGGGAAGAGGAUUGAAGCAGUGGAUGGAGUGGAGAUGAAGGAAGGAGAUACUCUGAGGGUUGGUGGUUCGAGCAGAGUUUAUAGGCUUCAUUGGGUUCCUUUGAGCUGCGCUUAUGACUUCGAAGGUCCAAAAGAAAAGAAGGAUGAUGAAGUAGCAAUUGUAGAGGAGAAGGCUGUGAAGGAUUGCGAGAAGGAGAUUUCAUUGUUGGAUGAAAAUAAAGAAACCGUAGUGGAUUCAGUUUUUGAUAGUAUUGAACCACUAUAUCCUGAUGAGAAUUGGAACACAGAGAUGAUGAAAGAGGUUCCUUUAGCACCUCCAUUGAGUGAAGUUAAAGAAAUAGCUGUGUCUUUGGUCAACCAUGUCAAAAGUGUGAGUGAUUUUAGAAGUAAAUGUGAACAAGUGGAAACUAGUUUGUUAAGCUUACCUUUUGGAAAUGAAUUAAAAGGGUUGGAAAUGAAUUUACAACCUCCUUCUCUGCCUCUUUCAGAAGAGAAUCUGUCUUUCAAUGUUGAAAACAUUAUCACGUCUUCAUUCUUUGGGAGUGACAACAAGAGUUCCUUGAGUAGUAUGUUUGAAUGGAACGAUACUAGUAGACUCUGGAACAUACCAUUGGAAAAUAUAUCAAGCAAUUCUCUGUAUGGAAAGCAACCGUGUCACAAUAAAACUGAGAGCCCUCAACAACCUUCUCUGCCUCUUUCAGCUGAGAAUCUGUCUUUCAAUGUUGAAAACAUCAUCAUGUCUUCAUUCUUCGAUGGUGAAAGCAAGAGUUCGUCUUGUAAUAUGCCAACAUUGGAAAAUAAAUCCAACAUUUCAUCUGUGGUCGAUGAUAUUGAAGCUACUCCAGACUACGCAACAUUCAACAUUCUGUGUCAGCAGGUAACCGAAAGUUUUCUGGAUUGCCUAUUGGAACCCAGAAAUGAUAGUUCUGUGAAGUCCACAUCCGAGGUAACACCAAAUUCGCCAAUGACACAGAAUGUUGAAUGUUGCGUUGAAGAAACAUAUAAUGCAAGAAUCGAAAUGCUUGAACCAAGCAAAAGCAGCAUACCAGGGGAAGAUUAUGAACAUAAGGAACUGUCAGAGUCCAGUUUUAUAUCUUGUGCAUUGGAAUAUGUUUACAAAUCUCUUCCAGACGAGGAAGUUCCCCCAGAGAUUGCAGUCGAAAAAGAAUGCCAGACACCACAUGCGAAUUUGGACGUGACCUUGCCCAUAAGAUCGGAGAGUGCAUCAGCCAUGGAAGGAAACAUUUGGUUAAGAAGAGGUAAACCAACUAGUUUUCCUCGAAUCGAAACAGGUGUGAGUCGAACAAAUCAAACAGGGACAUUGUUAACAGAUGAAUUUAAUCAUGAGAUAGUAGGAGAAAAGUCAGGAACAAAUACUCUUUCUCAUUUGGAUGAGGAGGAAGAAAUCUUUACUCCAGACAAGGAGAAUUUCACACCAAACACACUUUUGAUGAAAUCGUUGAAAAAGAAGGCUAGCAUAGAAGACAGUGGGAAUUGCUUCGGGUCAUCCAAGGCCCAAACAUCAUUGUUCAAUUCUAGACAUAAAAUCGAACUAGAAGCAGAGCUAAGUGAAGAAUCAGAGAAAGAGAACCGAACUCUCGGAGUUCUCCAAGAACAAAAACUGUCAAAACAAUUCUCUAAGAGGAGGUUUGAACAGGAACAUACAAUGACAAAGAAAGGAGGAGGGAAAUGGGCUCCAUUUCAAUCUUUGCAGUCAAAUAUUGCCGGAAAGAGGAGACUGGAGGUUGCAGUAGUUAAGAAGUCUACCAGAAAGAGUAAUGCAUCUGUUUGCACAGGGGCCAUGAAGAAUAAAUUCACUAUGGAAGAAAAGAAGUGUUGGACUAUGGUUGUGGACACAAACUCUCUUCUGAACAAGGAAUCGAUGAAGUCACUACAGCUUUUACAAGGUCUCCAAGGGACACGUAUGAUCGUUCCACGCAUUGUCAUAAGGGAGCUAGACUGCUUGAGGAGACAGGGAAGCCUCUUUCGAAAAAUGACAGAGGCAGCUUCAAUUCUUCAAUGGAUAGAAGAUUGUAUGGUGCAAACAAGGUGGUGGAUUCAUGUUCAGAGUUCGGAAGAAGGCGUGCCUCCUUUGACGCCUCCUGUUACUCCCCAAUCUUCAUAUACUGAAGGGAGCAGUCAGAGUUUAUUCUGGAGAACAAGCUCAAUCCAAUCCAUAAAGCAGAGAACUUUCAUGGAAGCUCUUUCACCAACUCCAGAAGAUCAUAUCCUUGAUUGUGCAUUUUACUUUAGGAGGGGACUGAAGCAUGGACAACAACUUGUUCUUAUAAGCGACAACGUGACGCUGAAAAUAAAAGCCAUGGCUGAGGGACUAAUUUGUGAAACAGCAAAAGAGUUCAGAGAGAGCAUAGUGAAUCCAUUUUCAGAGAGGUUCUUGUGGGCUGACAGCUCUCCAAGGGGCCUGACAUGGUCUUGCCUUGAUGAUAAUGUGUUGAGGGAACGGUACGACCGAUGCUGGUCAAGGUCGUCGAAAGGAGCAGACGGAGCCAAAGGUCUGAAGCUUAUUUUGCUUCACAACUCCCAUUAUGGAAUGUUCAGAUAAGGAGAUUUUUAUUCUCUCUUGUAAUAUCAUGUUCUAAUUGAUUCACUUUUGGACCUUUGGAGUACUUCAAAAACGAGGGGAGCUAUUUUGUAGUUUCUAGCAAACAUGUUUUUUAAGACAUGUUUGGAAGUGAUUCUUAAGAAGUAAAAGUUACUUUGUGAAUUGCAUAACCAA